GCCGCCGCUCCAGGCCCCCGUCACGGGUCCGGCGCCGGCACAGGGGCAGCCGACGACCCUGCGCGUCAUGUUCAGCCUGUUUCAGCUGCGCGAGCUGGAGAACUUCUUCCAGCGCACCCAGUAUCCCAACGCGUUCAUGCGCCAGGAGCUUGCAAGAUUAAUCGAUGUGCCUGAAGCCAGAGUGCAGGUUUGGUUUAAGAACAGGAGGGCCAAGUGGAGGAGACAUCAGAGGGCACUGAGGUUCAGAAACGUGCCCCCCGUGGCCAUGGUCCGCCCCAUCAUCUUUAACUUGGGUGGACCCUACCGUGCCGUCCUCAAUCAGGAGCGGCCGGAUUGCCUGUGCGUUCUCCCCCAGCCACUGCUGCUGGGACCACCUCCGCGGCCCAUGCCGCUCUUCCCUGUUGCCUUCUUGCCUCCUCUGCCCUGGCUGCCUCCACCUUUCCCUCCCUUCGGCUGCCCUCCUGUGGGCGCUCCCGGGUUCCUACCGUCCGUGGUUCGCUGGUAAGCCCUUUUCCCACAGAAUGGCCUCCGUGACGGUUUUUUCCCACGGUGCUUUUGAGCCCAGCCCCAUUCUGUGUAGCUCGCCGCCAAGAGCAGUUCACUAAAUGCCCGCUAAAUGUAUGCAGGAGAAGUGCAAAUUCACGGACCCUCAUUUUUGGGCACUUGUUGUCUUUUCAAUAAAGUUAUCAAUUCA